GGAAUGAGAAGAAAUGGAAAUCGAUUCUGCUCCACACUUUACUUCCAGCAGGGCAGAAUUGAAGUUUCGUUUCUCCUAAGCUCACUGGAUCGCCUAAGUUUCGUUUUUCCCCUUUUCCCCUCCCAACUUCUUUCUGACUAGACGGCUGGCCGUGAGAAGCAGCCGAUCCUCUCUCUCACUCUUUCUCUCUCUCUGUGAAAUUUAAAGAAAACCCUGAUCGCCAUUUCUGGAAAAAAGGAAAAGGAGAACCAUCGGGUUUCCCCCCCCUCCCACGCCUAAUAAUAAACCUGCAAUCAUGAGUCUCCUCUCCCGGGAAGGUUUAAAGGAGAUUCUCCAACAACUUGAAUGCCAUUUUACAUGGGAGUUGCAGAAAGAGCAUAUUGAUCCUGAUGAAUUGGAGGAAAGAAUUGCUGAGCAGAUCCAGUUCUUAAUCAAUAAAUCCAAAGUUCAAAAUUACAACCUUCUUGCCUAUGUGAAAUUCCUGAAUGACAAGAAGGAAGAAGCCCUGGAAAAUUUGCAGAAAGCUGACGAGGCUGUGCCCCUAGAAUACCCUGGGGAUGUUGAAAAGGGAAGCCUUGUUACCUGGGGCAACUGUGCCUGGGUGCACUACCACAUGGGCAAUCUUACUGAAUCCCAAGCCUACCUGGAGAAGGUAGGAAGCAUCUGCAAGCAACUUGGAAGUGAGUCUCCUUAUAAGCUGGAGCUCCCACAGAUCUACUGUGAAAAGGGUUGGGCGCUCCUAAAAUUUGGAGCCAGGUAUUAUGAAAAGGCCAAGGAGAGUUUUGCAAAAGCCCUGGAAGAAGAACCCGAAAACCCAGAAUUUAAUUUGGGCUAUGCAAUCACAAUAUACCGCCUGGAAGAUUAUUAUGCAAAAAAACAUUCAGGAAAAAACUCUUCAUUGGAACCUUUGAGGCGUGCAGUAAAACUGAAUCCCAACGACAUAUUUGUGACGCCUCUCCUUGCAUUAAAGUUACAGGACACAAACAGAGUGAAGGAAGGAAAAAAAUACAUUGAGGAAGUGCUUGGAAAAUAUCCUGAUGUUCCUUAUGUAUUAAGAUAUGCUGCCAAAUUUUACAGAAGGAAAGGAGAUGUAGAGACAUCAUUGCAACAUUUGAAGAAAGCAUUGAGCUUGACCCCAAACUCUGGAUUCUUGCACCAUCAGAUUGGGAUUUGCUACAGAACACAGUACUUCGCACUGAAAAAAAAAGUGUCCAAAGGCCAAUUCCAGUUUGUUGUAAAGCAAUUUGAACUUUUGAACCUUUGCAUUUUUCAUUUCCAAAAAGUGGUGGAGCGUAAAACCAAGUUCAUCUAUGCUUAUAUUGACCUUGCUAACAUGUAUGUCGAACAACAAAGACUACCGAAAGCAGACGAAACCUUUCAGAAAGUGUUUGCCAUCAGCAACCUAACUGCUACAGAGAAGCAGCAGCUCCAUUUUAAUUAUGGAUGUUUUCAGGAACGUCACAGAAAAUCAGAAGUGAAUGCUAUGAAACAGUACCUGGCUGGGCUGAAAAUUGAAAAUGGUUCAUUCGAACAAAAGAAAUGUGAAAGGAGCUUGAAGCAAUUGUUGCAUAAAACGGUUAAGAAAGGUCUAAUAUGUGUUGAGAUAUUUGAAAUCUUGGGAUCUGUCUCCGAACGCCUUGGAUUAAAAGAAGAAACCAUUGAGGCCUAUGAAAUAGCCCUGAAAAUGGAUCCUGGGAAUGAAGAGUAUCUGAGUGCAUUUAUGAACUUGAAGCUUUCCUUGAAAAAUUAAAUGUUUGCUAUGUUUUCCAAUAUAUGGCUUCCAAAUAUUUUAAGUUUUGCAUUUCAUGCCAUGUCAAAAACCCAAAUAGUUACCAUUUACAAUUGCCUUGAGCUAGAGUACUUACAUCUCUGCUCUGUGUGUGUGUGUGUGUGUGUUUAGAAUAUUAGCUUCUAAUGGGGACUUAUUACAACACUAAAAGUCAAAACAUUAAACCGAACAGCAAGCAAGAUAAAACAAAAGGAUUAAUUAUAAAUGGGGUGGAGGUGGAAUCUUACAAUGAUGCUCUGUAGCUUCAACUAGUCCUUGCAGAAGCUGCAAUGCCUCUAUGCACGUAUCACAAUUUACCACUGAGCUGUGGUGGUGGUAUUGCAGGUUUUGCAGGCUAUUCUGUUGACUGCCAGCAGUUCGAUUCUCACUGGCUCAAGGUUGACUCAGCCUUCCAUCCUU